AUAAACUUUUUUUUGUUGCCCUUGGUUAACAGCUGAUACUGUUGUUUUCUUCCAUUGCUAUUCGUCAGAUCGAAAAUUGUUUUGUAUUAUUAUAAUAUUUGUUUGUAUUCAACUUUUUUCUGCCUUUGUUCUGCAUACAGGCACGAUUUCGACAAAGAUAAUUACAAAAUUAAAUGAGUCAUUUCUGUGGCUAUUAUCAACAUUAAUACAGCUUCUGAGAUAUUUUCAUUUUGUUUAAAUUAUAAAGCAAAAGUUCAUAAGAGCAUAGUUGUUUAUCGGCAACAGUAAACGGCAGAUAUAACAAUGUCACUUGUUUCCGAUCAAGAAUGGGAGGAGUAUAAGUCGAAGUUCAAUAAAGUUUAUUCUGAUGAUGCUGAGGAUAAAAUGCGUCGUGAACGGUACAUUAAAUCCAAGCAAAUGGUGGAAGAACACAACAAAAAAUAUGUGAAUGGCGAAGUUACAUGGAAAAUGGGUAUAAACCACUUAUCCGAUUUAACAGAGGAGGAGUAUUCGAUGCGUUGCGGAAAGAAAGUGACGCCACCCACAUCCUCAUGAGUAUUAAUUAUAUAUAUAUAUAUAUAUUUUUUUUUACUUCGAAAAUUUGCCAUAAAAUGGAUUUUAUAUGUAUGUUCUAAAAUGUGUUUUUAUAGUAUCCUUUAUUGUAAAAUGUUAAAAAUAUUAAACUAUUGACAAACAAUUCGCGCAAUAUGUACAUCUUCAUUAAGUUGACGCGCUUUAGUAAAAUUAAUUCUUGAAUAUUAAAUCAAUUAAUUGUAA